AUGAGAUCUUACGAGAAGAAAAAGAAAAAAAAGACCACAAAAAAAAGUUUACACAGUAGAAAUAAGUGGUCUAGCAAUAAAAGCAAAUCUAGUUAUAAAAAAAAAAAGAAAAAUUUAGUUAAUUCAAAUUACAAUUUACUAAACGAUCUUCAAAGAGAACAUAUAAAUGAACACAUAAAAAAAAAAGAAGAUGAAUAUAUGAACCAUUCAGAUGUAAAUAUAUAUGAAAACAAAAUAAAUGAAGUAGACAAAAGUAGAAAUAUACCAUAUGUUACUUCAAAAGAUAUAAAUAUUGAUAACGGAAAUAUUAAUAAAGAGAAAAAAAUUAAAAUAAAACAGAAAAAAAAAAGAAGAAGAACAAACGAAGAAUGUAUUUCUAUUCCCAAUGUUAAGGGAAAAACAGAUGUUCCCAUUUUGUAUUCUAACAAGGAAAUAAUAUUAUAUAAAAAAAAUGAAAGCUAUAGUAUUAAUAGAAAAAAUAUUCAUAAUGACAUUGUUGUUAAGGACAAUAUUCACAAUGACAAUGUUGAUAAGAAUAAUUCUCAUAAAUAUAACAUGAAUCACAAAGAAAAAACAAGAAAAUGUUCCUUUAACACAAAUAAAAACAACAUUUCUAUAGAAAAUAAAACUAGAAACAAUAAAUGCAUAAAUAGAAAGAAUCAUGUUGAAGAAAAAAAUAAAAAAAUAUAUCAUAACAUGUUUAAAUCAGAAGAUAUAAGUAAUCAAAAUUAUAAACCACAAAAUUUUAAAAACGUUAUAAUUCCACAUGAACAUUCUAGUGAAUAUUCCAACAAAUCACAUGAAAAAAAAAAGGAAAAAAAAAAUAAGUUAUAUUAUAGUAGUACUUUACAUAAUAAUUUUAGAAGAAUAAAGAAAAAUAAUACAUUGUUUCAGGAAUAUGAAGAAAAACAAAGUGAAAUUAUAAAUAAAAAAUAUUAUAUGUUCCAUAGUGCAGAUAUAUCUAAUAAUAAUGCAAAUUUAUAUGAUAACCAAAUUAAUAAUAGUUAUGAAGAAGAAAAAAAUGAAAAAACGAGCUCAAUUAAUUUCUUAGACAACAUAUUACCUGUAGACAAAAUAAUACAAUAUGUAGAUGAUAUAUCAAUAGAAACACUUGUAUAUAUAUUAAACACAUUAGACAUAACCAAUUCGACAUCCUUAAUAGAAGGAUUACCACAUAGAUAUUAUAAAGAAUAUCUUAUGUGCACAAAUAAUAUGAAAAGAAUUAUAGAACUUAUGGAAAAUAUAAAUAAUGAAAAAUUGGGAAACUUUUUUAUUACAUAUAAAGAAGAAAAGGAUAUAUGUAAAUAUAUAAAUAUAUUAUCAUUAGAAAAGUUAAAUAAUAUUUUAAAUGGUUUUCAUAUUGAUAAUUAUAAAGAGUUCAUAUUAUUAUUUGAUGAAUAUAAAAUUCUGGAAAUAUUAAACACACUUUCAAUAAGUACUUGUUUACAUAUUAUAUUAAAUAUAUCUCAAAAGAAAUUAACAUACAUAUUUGAAAAUAUAAAUGAAGAAAAAUUAAUUAUGUUAAUAAAUGAAGUACCUAUAUGUAAAUUUUAUUAUAUCAAUGAAUGUAUACCAAUUCAAAAAAUAGGUACCUUAUCUAACAAUAUAUGUUAUGAAAAAUUAUACCACCUUCAUAAUUCUCUAUCUAAUAGUAAAAAUAUACAUUAUAUAACUCGUAAUUUAUCCAUACAUAUUAUUAUUCAACUUGUAAUUGACUUACCUACAUAUAAAGCUAUACAAAUAUUGAAGACUAUAUCAUUAGAAAAAAUAGCACAAUGUAUUAUGUUUAAUAAAAAUUGUUUUAAUAUAUAUGACAUAAUAUAUAAAGCAUUUCAUAUAGAUAAAAUUGUACAAAUAAUAAUUCAUUUGGAUAAUGAUAUUAAUAAUAUAAAUAUUUUAUUAAAGUUAGCUAACUAUAAUGAUAUAAUACAUUAUAUUAAUUAUAUACCUUUUCAUAAAUUUAAAUCAUUUAUAGACAAAAUACCUAUAUCUUUUCUCAAAAAAAUUAUAAAUGAUAUAUCUCUGAAAAAAAUGAUCCAAUUUUUUAUAAACAAUAAUAACGAAAAGGUUAUAAUAUGUUUUCAUCAACUAUCAAUUAAAAAUCUUAAUUCGGUUGUGCAAUUAUUACCAGUAAAAAAUGUAAUAUCUUUGGUUAUACCUUCUCAUAUGGAUAUUCAUAGUAAAGAAAUCAAAAAAAUUAUUAACCGUUUAGAUGCUAAAAAUAUGGUCAAUUUCUUAAAUGAUUUAAAUGAUAAACAAUAUAAAUAUAUUUGUAAUUAUCUAUCUCUUGAAAAAAUUCACAAUUUACUUAAUAAUAGUACCUUUGUAAAUUAUGAAAAGUGUUCCAUUGUCAUUUUAUAUAUGCCCAUUCCAAAAUUAAUAGAUACAUUUCACACAUUAAAUGAAGAAAAGAAAAAUGGUAUAAUAGAACAUAUACCCUCUUAUAUUAAAGAUACUAUAAUAUGUAAUAUAUAUGAUAACACCAAAAAAAUAUAUAUAUACCUAAUGAACCCAAUACAACAAAUAUUUAUUUCAUGUAUGUUAUUUAAACUCAACAGAAUUUUUGGUAAUCACUAUCAAAAUAUAAAUAAGAAAAAAAAAAAACAUAACAAAAAUAUGAGGGAAUAUAUUCCUUUAUAUUCAAUAAAAAACAAAUUUUAUGAUAUCAUAAAAAAUAUAAAUAUUAAAAAGUAUCAUAAAUUCUUAAAUCAAGUAUCUUGUAACAAAAUUAUAGAAACACAAAAUGUUAUACAUAAUAUAAGGAAUAAAAAAAAAUAUGAACCUGAACAAAUAGUACAAGAUCUUUUUUUUUAUUUCAAUAUUUAUCAGUAUGUAAAGAAAAAACGGGAUAAAAAAGUUUUACAUAUAAAAAGAAACAUACCAUUAAAUGUUCAAAAUCCUGAUAAGGUAAGUGGAAAAAUAUUGAAUAAUAUAUAUUCUCCAAUAACAUCAAUAUCUGAUCCUAUGCUAUCAAAUAAUAGUUCUGAUAAGAAUAGUUACUUAUAUAAUAAGUCUUAUAACACGAAAAAAAAAAAAAAUUCAAAUGACCUACUAUAUAAUAAUAAUAUAUAUAAAGACGAAAUAUUACAUAACAACAAUGGAACCCAUUAUAUUGAUCUUUCCAGGAGAGAGAAAAUUCUACCUAUUAAAUCAUAUAAUAUACAAAAUAAGGAUAAUAAUAAAAAUAAUACAUCUACUAGUAUAUAUUACAAUGAAAAUAUUCCAUUAAGUAAUAUUUUCAAUGGGAAAAAUAUAAAUGAGGAUAUGACAAAGCAUGUCAAAAUACAUAAGAAAGAAAAUUCAUAUCUUCCUAAAAGUAGACACAGUUUAUAUAUUUUUUUAAUACACCUUAUUCAUGUUAUAAAAAAACAUAUACAAGAAAAAAAUGACAGAAACAUUAAUGAAAAUAAUUCAUUUAAUAUAAAUUAUACUACAACUGUUAAUUAUAAUAAUAAUUACAAUAAUUUCAACAUAUAUCAUAAUAAUCUCUUGUCGAACACAUCAUCAACUGACAAAAAUGAUUACAAUAAAUUUAUUUUUUAUCAAGUGAGAAAAAUAAUGAAGAAUAUAUUUUUUAGCGUAAGGAAAAUUCUACAAAUGAAAAAUCGUUCAAAGGUUAUAAAAAAUAUAUCAAUAGAUCAUAUUAUGAAUGCUGAUUUAUUACCUUAUAUGAUAAACUCAAAUUAUAAUAAUAAAUUCUGCGAUACAUCAAAUAAUAUAAAAAAUACUGAAAAAAUAAAUCAUAAUCUCAACAUAUCUGAUAACAGAAACCAUUUACAAGAAUACAAAAUGUUUAAUAUGAUUGAAGACUCAACCGAAUUCUUUGAUACUAGUAAUAAUUUUGUAGUUAUAGAAAACAAACAUACAAAUAUAAUGUAUUCUUCAAAAGAGAAUGAAACGAAAUUUAGUCUAAAAGAUGAUAUACCUAUAAUAGAACAUACCAACAAUGAUAUAGAAUUAAACAAUGAACAAAUAAUUAAUGACAUAUGUGUACAAAAAAAUAAAAAUAAAAAUCCUCUUUAUUAUGUUUCCCUUUUAUUUAAUAAACCCAAUUCAUUUCCAUAUCUAAUUAAAAAUAAUACCACAAAAAUUGAGAAAAAUGAGAAAAAUGAUAAAAAGUACAAAAACUUUUUUUUUUUCAAAACAGCUAAAAUAUGUGAUACUAUAAAAAAUGAGGAAUGUGAUUCAAAUAACCAAGGAGAUAAUAUCAAAGAUUAUAUAUUAACAACUAGUAAUAUAUUCAAAAAAAGUGGGAAUAAUAUAUUAAAUAUUUAUAACAAUGAUACAAAAAUUGACAAUAAUAUUGAUAAGGAAGAAAAUGAACAAAUAAAUUGUAUGAAAUCUAUUAGUAGUAAUAAUAUAAAUACUUUAUAUUGUAAUACAAAUGUUGAAUCAAAUAAUAAUAAUAAUAAUAAUAAUAAUAAUAGGAAGAAGAAAGACAUACAAAAAAGUAAAUUCAACAAUUUAAGAUAUAAAUGGAAAUUAUCAAAUAUUUCAGCAAAAUAUAAAAACAAAAUAUAUAAGAUAAAUAACAAUAAUAAUAAUAAUGGGGGGAGAAAAAAUGUUUAUUGUCUUAAAUUCAUAUUUGUAUUAAAUAAUGUUUGUGAUUUAGAUAAAAAGGAUAAUGAUAACAUUAAUUUAACCCUUAAUUUUUUUAUUUCGAAAAACAAAAAAAAACGACUCCUUAAUAUAUAUAAACAAAAAAUCUUAGAUUCUUCCUUAGAUAUCCAAAUGAAUAAUGAAAAAUAUAAAAACAAAAUAAUAAACUUUAGUACUAAUAUUAGUGAUACCAUAUGUUAUAUAAAUUCAAGCAUUGUUAAUAUAACAUUUGAUAAAGAACAAAAAAAUAAAUUGGAAUAUUUAUAUUCAUUAAUAAAUGAGGCGGAUUCAUCGAAUAAAGACAUUUUUAUCAAAACAAAAUGUGGUACCUACAUAAAUGAUGAUGGUAAUACGAAUGUGGAUAAUCUUGACUAUUAUCAUAGAAGUGAUAACCAUAUGAAUAAUGAUAAUUAUAAUUACAAUUACAAUUACAGUUAUGAUAAAAAUGUAACAUCAAAUCAAUUAAAAAAUAAUACUCUUGUUCAUAAUGAAAAUAAAAAUAACAUCAUGUUAUCUGAAAAAUCCAGAUGGAAUCUUUUGAAUAAAAAUAUUAUUCUAUUAUGGAGCUGUAAAAAUAUAGGAUAUAUCCUUUUAAACACAGAGAAUUCUCUUCAUAUAAAUAUUCAAGACACUUCACAUAAUUUAUGCAUACAAAUAAACAAGUAUAAUUAUAACACACAGAAGACUUAUUUUUUUAAUAAUAAUAAAAAUUACAAUAAAGGUACAUCAAUAUUUUUUAACAGAUUUGUAAAAGAAAAGAUAAAUUUUAGAAAAUUAAAAGAGACCUUUUCAAAUAUAAUUGAAAAUAAAAAAAAGAAAAAAAAAGUGGUAUGUAAAUCUUUAUUGGAAGAAAAUAAUAAGGAAAACAUUCAUAAAUAUAAGGACAAUGAAAAAACAAUAAAAUAUAAAAAUGUAAUUAAUUUAACAAAUAAAAAUGGUACUGUUGAAGAAAAUAAUUCUUUAAAUAAAUAUGAAAAUAGUACAAAUACAGAUAUAUUAAAAUUCAUAAAUAUAAACUUGGAAAAUAAUUAUAAAUCGGAACAACAUAAUACUGAAGAUAAUAUCAAUGAUGAUAUUAUUUAUUUUGGUAAUGAUAAGUAUGAAUUUUUUAAUGAUACCAAUAUAUUAGAAGACAAAAAUAUAAAUCAGAAAAAUAGUGAAAUAUGUAUAAACGAUAAGCAAAUAUAUCAUGAUAUUGAUAAAGAUAACUAUUUAAUUCAAUAUGAUCAGAAUUUAAAAAGAAAAAAUAGUUUCAUAUUUAUGAAUAAUAAAAAUGAAACCUGUUCGAAUAACAUGUUUUAUGAACAAUCUAAAAAUGAUGAUCCUAUUAAUGAUUAUUAUAAACAUCAUAAUAGUAUAGUUGUCAAUUAUUUUAAUAACGUAAUUAGAGAAUCUAAUAAAAUAUUAUCAGGAAAAAGAAAUAACAUUAAUAAACAAAUAAGAGAAGAAAUAAUAAACAUAAAUGAAAGAUCUAUACAUUCGUUGGAUUCAAAUGAAAAGGAAAAAGUACAUCAAAUUAUUAGUAAUGAAUAUAAUAAUAUUAUGGAAUAUGAGUUAACAAAAAUUCCUAAUCCUUAUUUAUGUGAUACGUAUCAAUUUCUUAAAUACAGUUAUACGAAAGAGGAAUUUAAUAUUAUAUUAUAUUUAAAAAAGAGAAAGAAAAAAUUAAAUAAAAUCAAUGAUAUGUCGAAUAUAAAAAUGAAUGUUCCACAAAAAAUUACAAAUGAUGGUAAUAAUAUUAUUGAUAUACAAAGGAAAGGGAAAAUGAUCCCUCAUAUUUUUAAUGAUAAUAAUAUUCUCAAAUUAAAAUUAAUUACUCUUGCAGAUAAUGAAUUAUGCGAUUAUAAAGUAUAUACCAACAAAAGAAACAACAACAACAACAACAAUAAUAAUAAUAAUAACAAUAAUAUUUGUAAUAAUAAAGAAACUGUAUGGUUUGAGGAGAAUUUAGGAAAGAUCAAUUUAAGUUUUCAUUCCUCUCACAUUUUUUCUAGUAAUCCUUUUAUUGUUUCAAGGGAGCAUUUUUUAUCAGAUCAGAAAUCUGAAAAUUAUAGUACAGCACAAACAACACAAAAUAAUAAUAAUAAUAAUGGGGAUUUAAAAAAGCAAAAUAACAUAUAUAAUGUAAAUGAAGAAGGUAUAUAUGACAAAAAUAUAUUUGUCAAAGGUAUUAAUAAAAAUACCUCAUUUUAUAAUGAGAAAUAUGUUACACAAAUGAAAAAUAAGAAGGAUUAUAAAAAUGAACUUCAUUCGUUAAGAAACAUAAGUUAUAAUGAAAUGAUCAUACAAAAAUGUAUUGAAAAAAAUGAGGUACCUAAAAACUAUAGCAAUUUAGGAAAUUCGAAAAAUCUGCAAAAUGAAGAAAGGUGCCUAACUAUAAAAGAAAAAAAUAUACCAAACAAUAAUAAUAAUAAUAAUAGUAAAAAUAAUAAUAAUAAUAGUAAAAAUAAUAAUAAUAAUAGUAAAAAUAAUAUUUAUGAUAAUAACAUUUUCAACGGUUUAUAUAUCAAGGAUAAUAUAAAAUUAACUAUGCCAAUCAUACAAGAUAUUUUAACACGUUCUGACAAAGAUAUCUUAUACAAAAAUAAAUCAACUUUUAAUCAUAAACAAGAGAUACAAUCUAUAAAUACAGAACAAAUAAUAAAUAAAAUAUAUAUACCAAAUUAUUCUUCUGAUGUUGAUAGAAAAGUGUCCAAUAAUUUUUCAUGUAUUAAUCAAUCAACUAAUAUGCCAAAUAUAUUUUCCAAUAGUGUUGGAAAUAUAAAGAGGGUUAAAGAACAAAAAAUAAUUAUAAACAAUUCAAAUAGUAUAUUAUCAGAUGUAUCAGAUAUUUUCAUUAAUUAUAAUGAUAGUAAUAAAGAGGUAGAAAAAAAUAUGAAUAGUUCCUUUUUAAAUAAAUUAAUUAUCCCUAUUCCUGAGGAUAAUGUGAAUAUGAAUUUUAUUGAGAAAAAAGAAACACAUUUGGAUGAUAAUAAUAUAAAUAUAAUUUCAGUUGAAGAAAAUAACAUAAAUACAUCCCAUCCUAUUAUGAAGUCACAUAUAGUAAGCUAUUUAAAUAAUAAAACUAUAUGGGGAAAUUCCCUUAAAAAUAUAUCGGAAAAUUCUCUUAAAAAUAUAUCCGAUAAUUCUCCUAAAAAUUUAUCAGAAAAUUCUCUUAAAAAUAUAUCCGAUAAUUCUCUAAAAAAUAUAUCCGAUAAUUCUCCUAAAAAUUUAUCAGAAAAUUCUCUUAAAAAUAAAUUAUGUUCUGAAGUUACCAAAACAAAUCAUCAUCAUAAUAAUAAUAAUAUAGAUAAUUAUAUAAAAAAUGCAAAUAAUGAUAUAUCUAUAAAUGAUACACACAAAAAUAUAAACAGAAUGAUGUAUAAUCUCGGAUUUAUAAAUCUACAUUGUUUAUUAGAAAAUAAAAAUAAACACUUCUAUUUAAUUACCCAAGGAUAUAUUAAAGCUAGUAAUUAUAUUAACGACCAAAUGCUUAUACAUACAAAAAUAUAUAACGAAUUAUUUCCAAAAAAAUAUAUAGAUCCAAAGAAAAAUACAAGUAUCAGUUCUUCUUCUUUUGAUAGUGUUACUAAGCAAGAUGAUAAUUUAUAUUGUUUACAUAAAAAAAAAAGAAUGCUUUGUAAUAUUUGUGGACAUACAUUAAAACAAAAUUUAUUAAAUGAUUUCUUUUUCUUUAAAAUAAUUAUUGUUACUAAAAGGGCUAUUUUUUCAAAUCAUUCUACAAUCAAUAUAAUUUAUCAAAGUCCAUUGAUAAAAGCAGUUUUUCAUGAAAAGGAUAAUAUCAAAUAUAAAUUAGAACAAACAAAUAAUAGUGAAUAUAUAUUAAAAAUAAUAGCAAUAAAAAAAAAGAAAAUACAUAAAACAUUCUCUCUAUCGAAAACUAAACAUUUUAGGAAAUGUCUAGAAAUUGAAUUGAUUAAUAGUGGAAGGGAUAAUAUAAAAAAUCAUAUACAUGAAAGCAAUGAAAAUAUAUUAGAAAGAAAUAUAUAUGAAAAACAAGUAUUUCAUAAAAAAUCGUUUGAUAAUACAUACAAGACUACAAAAGAUUCAUUAAUUAUUAAUAAUGAAAAGUAUAAAUAUGUAUUAAAAAAGAAAAAAAAUUCUUCUUACGAAAAUAUUAAAAAUUAUUCCCAAAGCUUAUCAAAUACAACUUAUAGUAAUCAUUUAUCUACCAAUAUUUGUAAGGCAAAUAAAGCAAUACUUAAUUUUAGUAUACUGGAUGAUAAGAAUAAGAAAAAAUAUGAUGUAGAAAAGUUUAUAGUACCUUCAAUAUAUUUUUGCACUAACGGAUGA